AAAUACCCACUCAUUUUAUCAUUUCCAAACACCAAGCAAACAGCAUUUUCACUACAUUAGUCACAUUCAUUCAAUACUUGAGAGUGCUAAUUAACACUGAAAAAUGGCUAAGUUUGCUGCAUCCUCCAUUGCCCUUCUCCUCACUUUGAACAUUCUCUUCUUCACUAUAGUUAGUUCCACUGAUGUCCCAUGCCCACCACCCCCACACCGCAAGCCCCACCCUACCCCCAAGCCCCACCCCAAGCCUACCCCUACCCCCUCUACCCCAUCCACCCCAUCAACCCCAUCAUCAAAGGGUAAGUGCCCAAAGGACACACUUAAGCUAAAAGUGUGUGCCAGCUUAUUGAAUGACUUAGUGCACCUUGUUAUUGGAAGUAGCCCAGCUAAGACUGAAUGCUGCUCUCUAAUUCAAGGACUUGCUGAUCUUGAUGCUGCUGUUUGCCUUUGCACUGCUAUUAAAGCCAACGUGCUGGGAAUUAAUCUCAAUGUCCCUCUUUCCCUCAGUUUGUUGCUCAACAACUGCGGAAAGUAUGCACCCAAAAAUUUCCAAUGCGCAUAAGCUACUGUUUUAUUAUUUUCCUUGUUUAUUUAGAAGCUUUUCAUCUGUCUUUCUUCAGUAAGUUUGGUAUUUUUAAUUUGCUUAUGAUUGUAUCCGAAUUUUAUUAUUAAUAAAAUGAAAUCUUAUAAGAUUCAUAAUA